AGUGCACUUGGUGAAGCGGACAAAAUCACAUUGGAAAUCGCUAGGAUCAUCAAAGAUGAUUUUCUACAACAAAAUGGGUACUCUUCAUACGAUCGUAACUGUCCAUUUUAUAAGACCACCUGGAUGCUUAAAAAUUUGAUUGGAUUCUAUAACGCAGCUACUCAUGCCGUUGAAGUCACAAAUGGUGAAAUAACAUGGGCAAAAAUCAAAGAAAGGAUGGGUGACCUUCUGUACAAACUUAGUUCUAUGAAGUUUGAAGAUCCUGCAGAUGGCGAAGAAGUUCUUCGUGAACGUUAUCAAAAGCUUCACACUGAAAUCCAUGAAAGAUUUAGACAAUUACUUGA